AUGGCACAAAGCUCACACGGAGGAAGUCACAGACGCAGCAGAGAUCAUGAUGGAGGUGCCAUGCGGUACACAAACACUGAUUGGGAGGCCAAAGAGGCUCUCUACCAAAGAGAACUGGAUGAAGCCAGAGCCAGGGCCACGCAGAUGGAGAAAACUAUGCGAUGGUGGUCCGACUGCACUGCUAACUGGAGAGAAAAAUGGAGCAAAGUACGCAACGAACGGAAUAAAGCUCGAGAGGAGUCUAAACAAUUAAAGAGCAAAGUAGACGCGCUCACCAAAGAGCUGACCACGUCCAAGACAGAAAAGAAUGAUCUAGAACAACAACUAAUAGAACUGAAGAGAGACAACGAAAAACUUUUAAGUUUAGGAGAAAGUAGGAUACUGGCGGGAGACCUCACCACUGAAGACGGUGUAGAGUUGAGGCGGAAGAACGUAGGGUAUCUGUCGCCGAACGAACCUUCCAUACGACAAAGAGCAUCGUUAGACUCGCACAAAUUCUCAAAUGUAGAUAAUGUCCUUGCGAACAAAUUGAGUGAGCUCAGGUUGAGGCUAGACGAAACCUGCAAGUCCCUUCAAACCGAGAAGGAUGAAAAAGCAUUCCUACUUUCAAAGAUCGAGAAUCUAACAGCAGAAUUACAUAAUACUAAAGUGGAAAUGGCUCAUAGCGAUAGAACAUUAGGAUCCACAGAUUCAAGCCAUAGCGAGGUAGAAAGGCUACAAAAUGAAUUGCAGGACGAAAUUGCAGCCAAACAGGUCUUAGCAGAAAAAAUAGCUGAACUUAAAAUGGAGAUAGAAAGGUUAAAAUCUGAGAACACAAUUCAGUGGAGCAAGCGAGAACUGCUCGAAACAGAGAAUAUAGCAAUAUUGAGGGAAAAUAAGAAGUUAUAUAGUCAAGUGUGUGAACUAAGGGAACAGAUACAUAAGCUGAACCGAAUAUCGGACGGAAGCGCUUACUUCAGCGAUCACAACAGGCUAGAUUCAAAUAUUCUUUACGUCAGAAAGACCAGCGCUAGUCCGAGGUCCCACGAAUCGAGUAACGGCUCAUCAGAAGCCAAUUUGCACUGUGACGCUAAAACGAACACUUCGGGCGAAGACGACGAAUUAGCAAUAGUGGAAAGAAACGAUAAUUGCUAA